AUGGGUAAACCCAGACUGCAAAAGAAUAAAUCGAAGAAGUCCUCAAAAUCCUCCCAAAAAUCCGUCCUCGGCCCCGGCGGCUCCGUCUCGAAACACAGCAUGGCCCAAGAUCCCUCCACAUUACUCGAUCAAGCCACCAUCCUUCUACAAACAGGUCGUGCCGAUGAGGCUUUGCCAACUGCACAGCAAGCGCUUGAUCUAGCGGGCGACAAUGGACCGGCACAGCUACCAGCAGUGAACUUGCUGGGAGAAAUCAACGUUGAGCUGGGCGAUAUCGAUACUGCGAGGGAAUGCUUUACUCGCGCCGUGGAGCUGGAUCCCAAUGGCUCUAUUUCCGAGUCUGAGGGUGGGGGUUCUGAGAAAUUCCUGUGGCUCGCUCAAUUGAGUGAGCAAGGUGGUGCAGAGAGUGUUCAAUGGUUUGAAAAGGGCGUCGCAUCCCUACGACAAGUCUUGCAGUCCCUGGAAGGCAAAACCAGCAAAGAAGAUAUUGAAAAUUCCAAAGAGAAAAAGACCAAGCUGUCAAAUGCGCUCUGUGCUGUUGCCGAAAUCUAUAUGACCGAUCUUUCAUGGGAAGAAGAUGCAGAGGCCCGGUGCGAUGCCCUUAUCACAGAAGCUAUUACGGUGACGCCAGAUGCCCCCGAGGUCUUGCAGACUCUCGCAUCUAUCCGUAUAUCACAGCUGCGAACCGAGGAUGCCCAAGCAGCGCUCCGGAAAAGUACCGGUAUUUGGAAAGAUCUACCCCCAGAGGACCUCACUAUUCCCGAUUUUGCAGUGCGCAUCAGUCUUGCACGACUUCUGAUGGAAGUCUCUUUGGAAUUCGAGGCCUUGGAAGUUCUUGAGCGAUUGAUCCUCGAGGAUGACCAGAGUGUUGAAGCAUGGUACCUCGGAGGCUGGUGUCUCUAUCUGCUAGCGGAGAAGCAGCAGGCGCCAAAGGAUGUGACAGAGGAAGACCCCUCCGAAUCCCCGCGACAAGCGUCAUUGGUGGCCAGUCGGGAAUGGCUCAAGCAGAGCUUGAAACUCUAUGAAGUAUUAGAAUAUGAGGAUGAGCGACUCCGUGAUCAUGCCCUGGAACUGGUUCAGGGAAUGAACCAGGAAAUUGGUGAAGAUAUGGAUGACGAUAGUGAGGCUGAAGGUGAAGGCGAAUGGGACGGUGAGAUCGAGGCAGACUCUGAUGAUGAUCACGAAAUGGCCGAUUGA